CAACAACCUCACGACUCACGAACAAGCUCAAUUCCGCAACGCACCCACAUAUUCCAUUCUCUCAGCACAUUUCAAGUCCCAAACCGUCAAAAUGGUCCAAAUAUACACAAUUGCCGGUCGCCAAAUUGGCUCCCACUACGUAUGUUGAACUACCCGAAAUUGAGAAUGCUAGGAAAAACUUGGCAGACACAUUGCACUACGGCAACUAUCUACGAAAGCAUUGGGAACCAUGGCUAACCAAUUGUAAAUGUUUAGCUUGCUAUGGGCGUUCUCGGGGCACUUGGAGCACUAUCUAUGUCGUUCGGUGGAGGAUCAGCAGCAAAGAAGGUUCAGGGACCACCAAUCAAUGCCCAGAGCCCGGAUGAGGAGAACUUCAUCAAGUAUGUUUUCUAGCAGUACCAUCAGCCCAUAAUUAUGGUGCAAGAAGCUUAGAGCAUUCAGCUAACCUCCCACAGGGACUUUCUCGCAAAGGCCGACGCAGGAGGAAAGAGCACCGAACCCGCGAAGAAAUGA